AACUGGCUGCGUGUGUGCUACCGCUCUUUUGUUUUUUUUUUCGAGGACUACCCGAUCUCCCGAAAAACAACCAGCUGUAGAACCAAACAGUAAAUUCAGUAACUGUGUCGCGUUUUGAUUCCUUUAAUAGAAGUGUUGGGUCCCCAAUUUUUUGCCCCGAAAAGUUAAUGACUACUUCCGCUCUUUGGUGUUUAACGCUUACUUACUCUAAUCUCGUAUAAAUUAGGAAAUAAUUUAGUAACAUAUUAGACCAGGUAGUAGGUGGUAAACAUUGUUAUCGGUGUGUUAGAGUCUUUUAGUUACGAAAUUCUGAAUUAAAAGUUGUGCCAUAGAAGUUAGGUAUCUACGUAGUUAUGAAUGUCGUACAUGUUUGCAUAGUAACACGCGUAAGGUGCUUGUGUAACUAAGUUAAGCUGUAAUUAAAAAAAUAAACAGAUCGAAGGAAUCAAGACUAGUCGGACCUUCAGUUUGUUUGAAUGAAUUUGUUUAAACUUGGAAUGUUCUGUGGAUUUACCAACCAUGGCUUACGUCAUUUGGAGAGUUGUUAUGAAAAAAUAUUCCAGGGUACGAUUGGGAUUACACGGUUCUGGGGUUACGCCCACUGGAGGACGAGCCAUAACGUACGAUGAGGAAUCCUGGAAGCCCUCUCCAGAAGACAAGCUGAAAGAAAAAGAAGACUUCAAUCGCCUGUCCGAAGCUCGCCAGAGCAAAACCAAGCGCGUAAAGAACUAUUUCAAAAAAUGUAAAAACGCGCUAGGCACUAGAUCUGCCAGUCUAGAAGUAUCCUCGAGCAGCGACGCCUCAGGAACUUCCUCGUGGUAUGUAGAGAAUAAAUUAAACGAAUGCGAAGUAAACGAAUUAGAAGAAAUUUUCGAAGAUGCACAAGAUAGUCCAAACCUAGGCGUGACUAGUAGCGCUUAUCAAGUAGCAAAUAUUAUAGAGGUCAAAGGUCCUAAUGUAGAUAAUAGUGAUAACGAGAAAAUAGCAAAGGGUGAAGUUGAGAUUAAAGAUUUGUGUUGUGGGAAACCACCUGAUGAGGAGGAAACUAAGACGGAUUCAAGUGUACCAAGGACCACCUCGCCUAGCUUGAAGAAAUCGCAAGACGAGGAAGAAGGUGAAGCCGACGGUACUAUUGCAGAUCUGAAGGAAAAAGGAGACAAAUUGGAAAUUGAAAUACCCAUAAAACUGGUGAAAAGCGACGUGGAAAUCUUGGUUGAUAAAUAUUUUGGCAGUUUAUACAAGAAUUAUGAACAUUCGCGAAAAUGUUUAAUCAGGCAAGCCAGGGAUUUGCUGGUUUGUGAAUAUCACGGGUGUUUACAGAGAUUCGAGAACGAGUUCUGCGUGCAAGCUGAGAAACUUCUACAACAUCUCAAG